CAGAUACAACUGCUAGUUAUAUUGACAAAACAGUCCUAUUAACUCCACAAUGAGCGACCUUUCAGCGUCUUCGUUCGCAUUGUUUCACUGAGUACAUGAAACAUGGAAAACGAUGCGGGAAGAUAUGGACGUCGCAUGACGUUCAAGACUCCCUUGUUGCCCGAAGCGAGACUAGAAUGGGAAACCGAGAAUAGUUGUUUAUACAACAAGGUGCAACAGACAGAAUAUCCGCCGAUAUUCGCUAGGCAGUCGUGGACCAAGGGCGUGCUCGAGAAGGAUAUGCAGAUGUACUUCAAGCCUUCAGAAACUAUAGCUUUGCUACUGAUUUUGAUAAUAUUUAGAAUAGUUCUGUCACUUGACCCCAAGGUAAAUGUAGGAAAUACAAAACAUGAAAGAUCUUAA